AGCGUUUCGAGAUUCGGCUACUUGUUCGUUGCACCAGACAUUGACUUUUCGGACUACCGAAACAAAAAGAAGCGAUGGCAGAGACGCUGGUUUGUUUUGUAUGAUGAUGGAGAGUUGACUUACUCCAUAGAUGAACAUCCUGACACCGUUCCUCAAGGUGUUAUAGACAUGAAUAAAGUUCUUGAAGUUAGUGAUGCUGAACCUAUCACAGGAAACUCCUUUUCUCUCGCUAUAACGGCACCCGAAAGGGUUCAUUUCAUUAAAGGAACAAGUAGGGAAGAGUUGAAUUGGUGGUUUGAUAUACUAUCUCACGUUUCCCAGAGCACUGUGCAUGGGAAGGUCAAACGUUUUGCUAAAAUGUCAGGACAUAAACAAGUUGUUGUAACACCACCAGUUUCUCAGAAUCUCCAAGUCGCUGACCGUUCCAAUGCACCUAUUCGUUCUCACUUCAAGAGCUUCACACGUAGAAAUACAACUCCCACCACUGCUUCUCAGUCUUUCAUAGCUCAUACAUCACAGUCUAAAACAUCUCGUGUGAAUCAAUCCUCACACCCAUUGAUAGUUUCUUUGGAUUUGCCAGAGACAACUUCUUCAGUACAAUUUUUACAGUUGCAAGCACCAUCUGUUAACCAGUUGGCAAAAACACCAUCUGUCAUUCAUUUUUCACAAAUUAACACAUUUCCUGACCAAAUGUCACAACCAGAAAAGUCCAUGAAAAACCAGUCUUCCAUAUCAACACACUUACAGUAUUCAUUGCCAACAGAGAAUCCCUCCACAACAAAACCAAAUGUCUCGAUCCAGUUGUCACAUUUACAGGCAACUUCAUAUAAUUCAUUACCAUCACAAGUAUCUCCUUUGCAUUAUCCCUUGCAUUCUUUCUCCCCAAAUGUAAGCAACAUAGGUGUGAUUAGGCCACAUUACGACAAAGUAAUGACUUCUGACAACCCAGAGAAUAGAAGUCUCGAGAUAAUAAGAGACCAGCUGAACCAAAACCAGGAAACUGCAGUUCCAGUCAAACCAUAUCUGAAUUCCACGGAGGGUGAUGAAAGAAAAGUUGAAAUAGAUAACAAAAUUGAAAACAACACUGGACAGUGGUCUCCUAUACAAAAUGGCCAAGGAGAAACCCAAACUCAGAAUAUAAAACGAGGAUGCUGUUUAAUAGAUGAAAGAACAAAAAAAGAGAACUUUUGGAUGGAUGAGGGAAAGGAAGAAACAAAUUGUCAUAGUAAUCCAUUUUAUCUUUUAUCUAAUGUACAAAAACAAAACUCUGAGUGUUUAGAAAACGUGCAGCAGGAAAAUUCCUUGCCUCUAAUCCAUCAUCGGCUCUCUAAAGAACAAGAGUGUCAACAGUUACAACAUCCAUGUUAUUCUUCAGGGUUACAGAGAUCCUCAUCAGGAACCAGCACAUCCAGCAUGGAUAGCCCUCAACAACAAAAUUCAUUUGAACGGUGGUCAAAUGCCAGUUGGAGGCGCUCAUGUUUUCAGAAUGCUGGAUCUGAUUUUCACUCUCAGGUUCGAGGAGAUCCUGAUGGCUGUGGUCUCGACUCUUAUUCUUCUCUUUAUCAUUCUUCUCAUAAAGAGCUAACACCUGAGGAAAUCUUCCUUAAAAAAGGCUGGUUGAUGCAGCAGAUUACAAAGGAUUGGCAUAAACAGUGGGUUGUGUUAACAUCCUGCUAUUUGAUGCUUUACCAAGAUCCAAAGGCAGAGACAUUGAACAUUGCCAAUAGCGAGAUAGACAUUCAGUCAAUCAAGUCUGUUGAAGAAGUUAAGACUGUGAAGAGUCAUGCUUUUGCUAUAAAUACUUUAAAUGGCAAGACAUACACAUUUUCUGCUGUCACAACAGGAAUGUGUAAUAAUUGGAUUCAAGCCCUUCAUCAUGUCAUCGAUGUGUACAUCACAUCUCCUCUGUUCAAAUCUCCAUCAGGUCUUCAGUCACGAAGAAUCAGAAGAAUAAACUAUCAACAGGGGUUUAUUUCUACAAGUAAUUAUUGUGUUCCAUAUUCGGCAGAGAAACGAAACCUACAAACAAAAUUGGACAUUUCAUCAACAAGUGACGAUGGCUCAACUGUAGAGGACCGAUUUACUGAACAGUUACCACCAGUAAAUCAAACUCUUCCUUUAUCACCACCUUUAAACCGCACAAUGGUUUCUAAGCUCAAGGAAAAGGCCAAAUUACGGUCUUCUCGAUCAAAGAUUUCUGACAAACAUAUAAAUUGCAUAUUAUCUAGUAGUGCAGACGAAAGUUUACUGGCUGGUACAAAGGACUUUCAUAAUAACAAGUUUACCAAGAUGAGAAAUUCAUUGAAAGAGUACCAACAGCCUGAUAUCUCCCUGGAGGUCACUGAUAGCUCAAGUGAACCAAGUGUUUAUUCUCCACUUCAAACUGUUGCUGAUAUAUCAGUGUUGCAAAAUGGAGAAGUUGACUUUAAGAACAAACAACCUCCAUACCAAGAACUGGUAAACAGGCAUAGCCUUGUUGAGAUCAAGCCAAGUUCCUUUUUACAGCAAAAAGAUACAGUAAAUUCAGAUGAUGGUUUUGUGGAUAUUCUAGAUAGAUCAUGGAAAGAAAGCUUGCAGUCUAAAUAUAGAAACAGCUCAUUGAAUAAUCAAAUGAUCUCAAAGGCUACAGCUGUUGAUAAAAUAGGUAAAAGAAGCUCUGAACAAGAGAGAAUAUUGAAGAAAGAAAAGGAUGUGGAAGAAAAAGAGGCAAAUAAAAGAUCUCCCAUACAAGAAAUAGUUGUAAUUGAUGACAUAUUGAAGAAAGAAAAGUAUGUGGAAGAAGAGGCAAAUAAAAGAUCUCCUGUACAAGAAAUAGUUGUGAUUGAUGACAUAUUGCAGAAAGUAAAGUAUGUGGAAGAAGAGGCAAAUAAAAGAUCUCCUGUACAAGAAAUAGUUGUGGUUGAUGACCUGGAGACAUCUCUUUAUUUAUGUCAGGAUAGAUUGUUUGACUUGAAAAAGAAAUUACAAAAGACUUCAAAUAUUAAGGAAGAAUUGCUUUUAGUUGGUGAGGAUAUCUGUAUUUUGUCUGAAGAAGUUGUAAAGAUGUUAGGUUUGCAUGACAUAAAAUUAAAGGACAGAAGUGAAUUUUAUGAAUUAAAAGGUGUAACUACUGAUCUCCAGAAUGCUUGCAAGACCAAGGACACAGAGGUAGAGAAACUGAGCAAUGAAGUAAUAGCUUUAAAAGCAAACUUGAAUGAAUUAGAACAGAAUUUGCAGAAAGCUCGUACUGAAGUGGCCAAGCUACAGAAGGAAAACAUGUGCUUAAAGGACCGUGUGAAACAAUUAGAAAUGGUCUUAAGAACGUCGGGUUACAAUUACUUGUGUAACGAUUGGUCCAAGUUUUCUCGUGAUGAGAGAACCCAAAUGAAGUUUCUUUUAGAUAAAACUAGUGAAGCCAAGAAAAGUCUUCAGCAAAGGUUACAAACAGACUCAGAAUAUUAUGAAAGGAAUAGAUACUGGAUUGAACAAGAAAUCUCUCAUUUCCAAUCAAAACACUGUUCUCAUAUGGCCUCAAUAAUAACCAAAAUUGAUGACUUGACAUCAAAACUUACACAUACUGAAAGGAACUUUCACAACUUAAAGCAAGAUGCUGUAAAGAAAGAAAAACAAAGAAGCUUACUUGAAGAAAAAUACAGAAUAAAUUUCUUUAAAGAUUGUGAAAAAAGACUUAAAGACUUGGAGUCCAAAGUAACAUACAUUGAAACAUGUUUAAGUAAUGGAUGUUACUGUAAUACUACUACUAAUAAUAAUAAUGUACUAAAAGACUCUUACACAGAUCUAGAGAAUCAUACUAAUCACUCACAAGAUGUGCUUGUGAGACUAAGUAAUUUGGAUUCUAGGGUUAAGAUAACCUCUGACAUACUUGGUAUUGAAACAGAAGCAACGAAAGAGGUCAUGGAAAAAUCAGAGAUCAACCUACUUAGAAAGUCUGUGACACCUAGUCAGGAAAAUUAUCUGUAUGAUUUAAAUAAUGAAAAUAAGACAAAUAACAUCAUGUCCCUUUCUACCUUCACUAAAAUGCUUUUUCAGAAAGUUGGAAUGAUAACAGCCUGGACAAAGAAGACUCUUAUGCUUCUAUACAAGCAAAGCUUAUCAACAGAAAUAGAGCCAGAAGACCCCAAAGGUUGCUUUCUUGAUGAGUUGGGACAUUUGGUAAAAAUCUGUCAGUGCCUCCUUCCUGAAGAUAAGUUAGAAACAGAUCUAGUGUACCUUCUCCUUAUCCUUCAGGAAAUAGCCACAGCAGCCAUAAAAUUAAAUGAAUUUGGAUCAAUACAUAUGAAUUUUGUAAUCAAGGAAGUGUACAAGAUAAACAAACUUAUGACAUCAAUUGAACUCAAGUUAAGUAAGAUUUCAACUGACAAAGACAUCAGCUACAAUGAUGUCUUGCUUCCAUCUUCUACUUCAUUGUUAUCGACUUUAAUCAUGUCUACCUGGGAUACUUUGAGUACAUCAGAUAAUAAUAUUUUUCAAACUAUGUAUUGUAAAGAUGAAUUUUUUAGAAAUGAACUUCUGGGUCUACAAGAAAAUUGGAAAAAAAUAAGGAAGUUUUUGGAUAAUGAACGAGAUAGUAGAAUUAAAACUCUAGUCGGAUUUCUUCAAAAUGAUCAGCUUGAAAGAUCAAAUCAGAGAAACCACGAGUUAAAGGAUAAAGAUUUUUGUGUUGAAAAUAUUGUGUUGGAGGAAUUACUUCUUGGUGAAAUCCAUCAAGUUAUUCUUUGUCACAGUGGAAUAACUAAAACUCAAGUUCUCUCGAAGCUUGAAGAGUAUUGUAUUACAGCUUUGUACACUGAAUCAAAAGCCUUUGAAAUUUGGACUACUGUUACUCAAAGCCAGUUUGCAUUAGAGGUAGAGAAUAUCUUUGCUUUGAUAAAAAACAGUUGUGUCAAAAAUAUAUCAUUUCUUGGUUAUCAGCUGAACAUUGGAGAUAAGCUACUAAGUGAUCAGUCUAUUCACUGCCUCAUGGAAUUAACGGAAUUGUGUGUAUUUACUGGAAUGCUUCAAGCCGCUACUAUCUACUGUGCAGAAAGAUUGAAAACCUUAAAAGUUACACAUAGUGCUGUACCAAAAACAGACUUUCAAAAAUGUAAUCAACUACGGGAAGAUAGCUGGCUAGAGAAUUUUCACAGCCAUUUUCAGCAGAAAGCAAGUGAGAUGGUCACAUUUUAUUGUCCAUUUUCACUUCCAAAGAGGAAACCAACAUAUAUUUCUGACCAUUCAAAUGAUUCUUUUUAUAUUGUUGAGAAGUUAACCAAAUUUAAUGCAUUAAACAUUGGCAAAAUGAAGGAAAGGUAUAGUGAAAAACUACUUGCAUUGAAACUGGGCUACCAGGAAGAACUUCUGAAGAUGUAUUCAGAACUAGAAGCCUUGAAACAACAACAAGAAGGCCGUUCAACAUGUAAAACCAAAGUAGGGAAUAGUUUGUGUUCUGAUGUAAUACAUUGUCAAGAGACACCACAACCAAGCACAAUAUGUCAAACCUGCAAGACACUACAACCAAGCACAGUAUGUCAAACCUGCGAGACACCACAACUAAGUACAGUAUGCCAAACCUGCGAGACACCACAACCAAGUACAGUAUGCCAAACCUGCGAGACACCACAACCAAGUACAGUAUACCAAACCUGCGAGACACCACAACCAAGUACAGUAUGCCAUACCUGCGAGACACCACAACCAAGUACAGUAUGUCAAACCUGCGAGACACCACAACCAAGCACGGUAUGUCAAACCUGCGAGACACCACAACCAAGUACGGUAUGCCAAACCUGUAAGAAACUUGAACAAGCUAGAAAAGCUCAUGGAGAGGAGUUGGAACACCUACAAAAUCAACUUUUCAGUGAGAAAGAGAGCAUGAAGAAACAACUGGAAAUCAGUUUUGAAGAGCAGGUUAGAUCUUGUAAUGAAGAAAAAGUUAAGUUAGAAACAGAACUACAACUUGCCCAGAAACACCUCAUGAAUGUAAAGGUUGAGAAUGAGGAACAGAUGAGAAGUUUGAUGAAAUUCCAUCAACAGAAAGAUGAGAUUUUCAGUGAAGAGACUGUAUUGCAACAUUAUCGACAAGAGAUCAUCGAGUGUAAGAACUUCACAGAAAGAAGUUUGAAUGUUAUGGAAAAGUCUUACAAUAGAUUAAUAACAGAGGUCAAGGAGAAACACAAGCUAGAGCUAGAGAGAUUGAAAACUGAAAAGGAACAAGCCUUGGACGAAGAAAUUAAAGCUACUAAAACAGCUUUGGCUGCUAUAAAGAAAGCUCACCAAAAAGAAAUAGAGCAAGAAAUCAGCAGAUGUAAAAAGGAAUGUUCGAAACAGAUGGAAGAUCCUGAAAGAUUUGAAACACUGGACAAAGAGCAUAAGGAUACAGUUGCUGAACUCGGGAAAGAAAUGGUGUUUUUAUCUGAGAAAUAUUCCAUGAAAUGUUUGGAAAAUGCUGCAUUGAAAGAACACUUGGAAACACUUUGUUGUAAAAAUGAACAAAAAUAAGGUUACCCUUUUUUUCA